AACAAAACUGUAUGUGAAAGGCUAACACAUAAAGCCUCAUCUUCUCUCUCUUUUUCUUUUUAAUAUCAACCAACCCUUGCAUUUUCAUUAUUACUUCUAUACUUUUCCCAACAUCUCAAAACAACACAACCUUAAACAUUCAACAAAAUUUCCCACCCAACACAUAAAACCAACACACACACUACAUGGUUUGAGAAACCAACCAAACAUUAACUACAUGGUUUGAGAAACACACACACACACAGUUCCAAGAAGGAAGAAACAACACAACAUGAUCCCAGCUUGUUUCAGCCAACCCAACACACCUCCCAGUUCAAGCACCACUCAAGCGCCACAAAACCUGGUAACCUGCAUAUACCAAACUCAACUUUGCAACUCCCUCACCUACCUUACACUCACCUGGUUCAGAACACUUCUCUCUCACUCUUUAACCAUUUACGCUCCUCACACCUUCUCUAUCACCAUCACUCUUAACCCUUCAACCCUCUCCUUCUUCCGAACUCGACCAGGAUCCAAGUCCAUCUACCUCACGCGCCCCCACAAACGUUCUCACAAAAUCAAGCUUCAUUGGGACUUCUCUGGAGCACUGUUCAGUACUCGAAACUCGGCUGAGCCUGAGUCAUGCUUCUACCUUGCAAUCUGCUGCAAUGGCAAGGUUGAAUUCUUUCUGGGUGACCUUUUUCGUAUUCUUCCGUUGCAGCUUUCAACUCACCAAACGGGCGACCAAACUCUUGUGUCCAGAAGGGAGCACGUGUUUGGAAGCACGAGUUACGUGUCAAGGGGUGAGUUCUUGGGUUCCAAACGUGAAAUAGAGAUUGAAUUAUGCAGUGGAGAAGUGCUGAGGGUGAAAAUGGAUGGUCAGGUUUGCUUGGUGGUGAAAAGGCUGGCGUGGAAAUUCAGAGGCAACGAGAAAAUCUUCAUCGAUGGUGUUGAAGUAGAGUUCUACUGGGACGUGUUGAGUUGGGUGGUUGAUAGUGAAAACGGCAAUGGCUAUGGCGUUUUUGUGUUUCAAGUAGGUGAUGGUGGCGCAGUGUGGCCUGAAAUGGUGGGGCCGGAGAAGAAGUUGAUGAAGAAGAGGUUGGUGGGACCCACUAUGACGUCGUCAAUUGCGACACUGUCUCCGACGAACUCUGGUGUGUUGCAGUGGACGGAGGAGAGCAGCGAUGGAGGAAGGAGCUCGUGCUCUUCAUCAACUAGGUCGUGUGGGAGCAGUAACGGUGGUUUCUCUUUGUUACUCUACGCUUGGAGAAGAGACUGAACUCUGAAAUUUUGUAACAGGAUUGGUUCAUUGUUCUUUUGCAAAUUCAUGAGUUCACUUAUGAAA